UACUACUUCAACAAAUGAGGGGAAAAAAUCGCUAAAAAUUCUCUCUUUCCAUUUUUUCCACUCUCUGUUUGCUGUCCAUUGGGCAUCAAUCUGCACAUCCGAGCAAACUACUACAUAAAAAGACUUGCUUUUUUCUUCAAUCUCUCUCUUUCUUCUCAAAAUCCUCACUCCAUCCCUACCCUACUUUGGGACGACAAAAGGGGGAGAGAGAGAGAGAGAGAUAAAGGAGUGUCCUCCCCUCUCUGAUCUGAAAAUGAUUCAAACUUGAACGGAUCCAUGAAUCCCUUCACUCUGUAAGCCUUUUCAAAUCUCUCUCCUUCUCUCUCUCUUCAUCAGUCUGAUUGAUUGUUUCCAAUUACUAGUAUAUUAUUAUAUCAGAUCAAUUCUUGUUGUUGUUGUUGCUUAAUAAUGGCUUCACCUGGUAUUCCACAUCAACAAGGAGGUGGGGGGGUAAUAGGAGGAGGAGGAGGAGGUUUUGAUAUGAAUAAACUGCUUAAACCCUCUUCUGCAAAUCCUAUGAGUAUAAUGCAACCCCCAAACCAACAACAACAACAGGGUCCUUCUCCCAAUAGUAACACUAUCACCACCGAGAAUCUCACUACCUCUCCUUCCUUCCCUCUCCCUUCCUCUUCUCCACCUUAUCUAACUCCAUCUUCUUCUUAUCCACCUCCUACUGGCCCUUAUCACCCUUUUCACCACCCUCACUAUCUCUCCCCUUACCCUCCUCCUCCUCCUCCUUUUCAGCAACUUCACAAUCAGUUCCUUACUAAUACUAAUAUCCAUCACCAAAAUAGACCACAGCCCAUCUCUUCUUUUGCACCUCCUCCUCCUCUCUCACCUAGUAAUUCAGGUGGUGCUGUUUUGAUGGACAUCUUGACCAAUCAAAACCAACAGCAGCCACCUCUCUCCAGUAAUCUUAGUGGGCCUUUCCCUUCUUAUGCUUCCUCCGCUGUAUCCACCGCCACCAGUGCUCCUCCUGUCCCCUCUGCCCCUCCUGUUAGUUUAGCAUCUCCGACGCAGCAAUGCUGCCCUCCUCCAGUGAGGAUGCUCAGCACCAAGCUCCCUAAGGGCCGGCAUUUGAAUGGAAACCAUGUCGUGUAUGAUAUUGAUGUGAGAUUGCAAGGUGAGGUGCAGCCUCAACUUGAAGUCACUCCCAUCACUAAAUAUGUCUCCGAUCCUGGCCUUGUUCUCGGCCGUCAGAUUGCUGUUAAUAGGAAUUACAUUUGCUAUGGGCUCAAGCCUGGUGCUAUUCGUAUCCUCAAUAUUAAUACUGCUUUGAGAUCAUUGCUUCGCGGUCAUAACCAGAAAGUAACAGACAUGGCUUUCUUCGCCGAGGAUGUUCACCUUCUGGCCAGUGCAUGUGUUGAUGGAUGUGUUUUCAUACGGAAGAUCAAUGAGGGCCCAGAUGAGGAAGAAAAACCUCAAAUUUUUGAAAGGAUACUUCUUGCCCUUCACAUAAUAGCAGAUGGAGAACUGGUCCACCCACGAGUGUGCUGGCAUCCACACAAACAAGAAAUUUUGGUCGUUGCAAUUGGAAACCUCAUCCUGAAAAUCGAUACCAAUAAAGUUGGAAAAGGCGCGGGAUUUUCAGCUGAGCAACCUCUCGCUUGUCCUGUUGAUAAGCUGAUUGAAGGUGUCCAGCUUGUUGGUAAGCACGAUGGCGAAGUCAUUGAGUUGUCAAUGUGUCAAUGGAUGACCACCCGUUUAGCUUCAGCUUCAACAGAUGGCGUGGUCAAGAUUUGGGAAGACUGUAAGGCAGUACCACUUGCAGUAUUCAGACCACAUGAUGGUAAUCCUGUAAAUUCUGUGGCGUUCCUGACUGCCCCUGACCAUCCUGAUCACAUUGUUCUUAUCACUGGGGGCCCGCUGAAUCAGGAACUGAAGAUAUGGGCCUCUGCAAGUGAGGAGGGCUGGUUGUUGCCUAGUAAUGCUGAAUCAUGGCAGUGCAAUCAGACUUUGACCUUGAAGAGUUCGGUUGAAUCGAACGCUGAGGAUGCAUUCUUUGAUCAAGUGGUAGCGCUGCCCUGUGCAGGCUUAUUUCUGCUGGCAAAUGCCAAGAAGAAUGCCAUAUAUGCUGUACACUUGGAAUAUGGGCCUUAUCCUGCUGCAACCCGCAUGGAUUACAUAGCUGAGUUUACAGUUACAAUGCCUAUUUUGAGUCUUACUGGAACUAGUGAUAGUUUACCAAAUGGAGAACAUAUUGUUCAGGUUUACUGUGUGCAAACACAAGCUAUUCAACAAUAUGCGUUGAACUUGUCUCAAUGCCUUCCACCACCUCUGGAGAACAUGGAGUUGGAGAGAACAGAAUCUAAUGUUUCUCAUGCUUUCGAUGCUUCUAAUUCUGAUGGUUCCACUAUUAUGGAAUCUUCUCAUGGAAGUAAACCCACUUAUAUGUCUGCAGGUAACAUCGCUUCCAUACCACCAAUGACUUCAAACAGUUCUGAAAAUGCUCCUGCAGCAAAUCAUCCAGAAAGCUUAUGUUCUUCUGAUGUUAAUAGCUCACUAGAUAUAGCUUCUUCUGGUGGGCAAACCAAGGCUACUGCAUCACAUAAUAAUGCUGACAAUACCAACACUGUGCCACCCCUUCUACCGAUGAGUCCAAGGUUGCCUCGAAAGUUGUCAGGUCUCCAGAGUCUGUCAAAUAGCACAGAUACUAGUUUGCAGCUCAGUGAUCAUGCUGGUGACCAGUCUGUUCCAGAUUAUUUGGUGGACCGCAGAAUUGAAACUGUGAAGGAAAAUGCAAGUGAUACAUCCUCUGGUGAUAAUUUGAGUAAGGGUGAGAAGAAUGUCAAACAAACUGAUAUUGCAAUGGUUUCUGAAACUCCAAUAAUGUUUAAACACCCAACCCAUCUUAUAACUCCAUCGGAGAUAUUAUCCAGGGCCGUUUCUUCUGAAAAUUCCCAAACCACUCAGGGCCUGAAUGUCACAGAGGCAAAGAUUCAGGAUGUGCUUGUGAACAAUGAUAUUGAAAGUGCUGAAGUGGAGCUUAAAGUUGUUGGAGAGACAGGAACUGAUCAAAAUAAUGACUUUGACUUGCCCAGAGAAUCUCACACUGCUGUUGCAGAGAAGAAAGAGAAAUCCUUCUACUCUCAGGCCUCAGAUCUCGGCAUUCAGAUGGCAAGAGAUUGUUGUGUGGAAGCAUAUAGUGUUGGGCCAGUCCAACAAGUUGAUGAAGGUAGUAUUACUGAGGUACUUGAUAGACCUCCUAGUGAUGAAGAUGAGAAGCAAGAUAUGACUAAAGAUGUGCCUGCAAAACGUGGUGAACCAGAAACUUCUGUGGAAGUUCCCCAGCCCCCAGCCCCUACAACUAAAGCAAAAAAACCAAAAGGGAAAAGUUCGCAAGUAUCCGUUCAAUCUUCCCCUUCCCCGAGUCCAUUCAACUCUACUGAUUCAUCCAAGGAACCAGGUUGCAGUCCCUGUGCCCAAUCUAGUGAUGCUGCUUUACCUCAGAUAUUGGACAUGCAGGAUACACUUGAUCAGUUAAUGAACAUGCAGAAAGAAAUGCAGAAGCAGAUGAAUACAAUGAUUUCUGUCCUGGUUUCCAAAGAAGGCAAAAGACUAGAGGCAUCAUUGGGCCGGAGUAUUGAGAAAGUUGUUAGGGCUAACACAGAUGCUCUAUGGGUUCGUUUUCAAGAAGAAAACACUAAGCUUGAGAAAUUAGAAAGGGACCGAAUACAGCAGUUAGCAAAUUUGAUUACAAAUUUUAUAAACAAGGAUUUGCCAACAGCUUUGGAGAAAACUUUAAAGAAGGAAAUAGCUGCAAUUGGACCUGCUGUUGCUCGUGCUAUCACUCCCAUUUUGGAGAAAAGCAUAUCAUCAUCUAUUAUGGAGUCAUUCCAGAAAGGGGUGGGAGAGAAGGCAGUGAAUCAGCUAGAGAAGACAGUUAGUUCAAAGCUUGAAGUUACAGUGGCCAGGCAAAUCCAAUCACAGUUUCAAACUUCUGGCAAGCAAGCUCUUCAGGAUGCAUUAAGGUCUACUCUAGAAGCCUCAAUUAUUCCUGCGUUUGAGAUGUCCUGCAAAGCUAUGUUUGAUCAAGUUGAUGCCACAUUUCAGAAAGAGCUUAGUAAGCAUAUAAAUGACACUCAGCAACAGUUCAAUUCCAUGCAUUCUCCUUUGGCCAUCGCUCUGAGGGAUGCUAUCAAUUCAGCAUCAUCACUCACUCAAACCUUAAGUGGAGAGCUGGCUGAUGGCCAACGACAGCUCUUAGCUAUGGCAGCUGCAGGUGCAAACUCAGAAGUAGGAAAUCCAUCAGCAAAGUUGGGCAAUGGACCAUUGCCUGGUUUGCAUGAGAUGCCCGAGGCACCUUUGGAUCCAACAAAAGAAUUAUCAAGGUUAAUAGCUGAGCGGAAGUAUGAGGAAGCAUUCACUGUAGCUCUGCACAGAAAUGAUGUCACAAUAGUUUCCUGGUUAUGUUCUCAGGUUGAUCUACAAGGGAUAUUGUCCAUGUCACCGCUACCACCUCUAAGCCAAGGAGUUCUGCUGGCCCUUCUACAGCAAUUGGCAUGUGAUAUUAGUAACGAAACCUCUAGAAAGUUGGGAUGGAUGACAGAUGUGGCUGCUGCUAUAAACCCUGUGGAUCCAAUGAUUGCAGUGCAUGUAAGACCAAUCUUUGAACAGGUCUACCAGAUAGUUAUCAAUCAAAGGAGUCUACCUAGUACAUCUGCUUCAGAAGCCCCAGGCAUACGCCUUCUUCUGGUUGUCAUAAAUUCUGUGCUAAGGAGCUGUAAAUGAUUGUUUCCCUUUUUUGCCUACCAUUUUGUGGAAAUCUGUAACAUGGCACUUCUAUUUUUUGGUUGUAUAGGGUUCUAGGAAAGUUCCAGGGAAUCAGAAUUGUUUGAAAAGUAUUUAUUGAUUGUGUGAUUCUUCCUUCCACAAUCCUCUUUAUCCAUUGUUGGCUAGUUUCAAGGUGUGGAUUCAAUAUAACACUGAUCGAGCUGUUUUUCAGUGAUUUUUGUCCAUCCUGUAGUUUCACUUUAUGAUGAUCGUAAUAAUUCUACUUGACAAAUUCCUGUA